AUGGCCGCACGCACCCUCCGAAUAGGCCUCAUUCCCGGCGACGGCAUCGGCCGCGAAGUCAUCCCUGCCGGCCGCCGCAUCCUCGAAGCCCUCCCCGCCUCCCUCGGCCUGAAAUUCUCCUUCGUCGACCUCGACGCCGGCUACGAGCACUUCAAAUCCUCCGGCACUGCACUCCCCGACAAGACCGUCGACACACUCCGAAAUGAGUGCGACGGCGCAUUGUUCGGCGCAGUCAGCUCUCCCUCAACACAAGUGAAGGGGUACUCAAGCCCCAUCGUGGGACUGCGCAAGAAACUAGGCCUCUUCGCCAACGUCCGCCCCUGCAAAACCACCCUCUCCCCAGCAUUCAAAUCGCCGACGCCACACCCAAUCGACCUCGUGAUCGUGCGAGAGAACACAGAGGACCUCUACGUGAAGGAAGAAAAGACCUACCCGGACCCUUCCGGCGACGGCCAGAUAGCAGAAGCGAUCAAGCGCAUCAGCAGCAAAGCUUCAUGGCGGAUAGCGAAUAUAGCUGGGGAGAUUGCGAGUCGACGGCAGAAGAUGCGGGUCAAUUCAAAAGAGUCCGCUGAUCAUGCGAAAGAGGCGAUGGUAACGAUCACGCAUAAGUCGAACGUGCUGUCACAAACAGAUGGCUUGUUCCGAGCGACCGCGCGGGAGGCACUCAGCCAGCCGCAAUUCAAUGCGCUGAAGAUCGAGGAGCAGAUUGUGGAUAGUAUGGUUUACAAACUCUUUCUGCAGCCACAGUACUACGAUGUCAUCGUGGCGCCGAACCUCUAUGGCGACCUUCUCAGCGACGGCGCAGCAGCACUAGUGGGAAGCUUGGGUUUGGUUCCCAGUGCGAAUGUUGGUGAAGGGAUCGUUAUCGGUGAGCCAUGUCAUGGCAGCGCGCCAGAUAUCGAGGGCAAGGGCAUCGCGAAUCCGAUUGCAACCAUCAGGAGUGUGGGCGUCAUGCUGGAGUUCUUGAAUCUACCGGAUGCGGCGAAUGUGAUUUACAAAGCUGUGGAUGAGAAUUUGGGCGAGGGCAAGUUUGUGAGCCCGGAUCUUGGUGGGACGGCGAGCACGCAGGAGGUCACGGAUGAUGUGAUCAAGCGUAUGUAA